AUGGACCCUUUUCUAAUGAGAGCAGACGACUAUGACCCCAUAGAACACCUCGACCUCAUUUUCUCCCACCCAUUCACCCUCUCGUCAGUUGGCCAGACCUAUGGGAUACUGCAGGCUUACCAAGACGACUUGGAUAAUGAGAUCGAGACUCUCGAGGAUGAGCAGAUCCGGUCGAACGCAGAAUGCCUCGGGCGAAUGGAAGCUACGAAAGCAGAGUUGGCCGACCUGUUUCAACGUAUCGAACACGUCCGCGAGCGAGCCCUACAGACCGAGCGGAAUAUCACCGAGAUGACCGCAGACAUCAAGCAGCUAGAUAAUACCAAGAAGAAUUUGACGCUGUCGAUGACGGCUCUGAAGAGGCUGCAGAUGUUGACAACUGCCUACGAACAAUUGCGAGCACUAGGCAAGACACGACAGUACAGAGAAUGUGCACAGCUUCUCCAGGCGGUGAUCCAGCUUAUGGCCCAUUUCAAGUCAUACCGGUCUAUUGAUCAGAUUGCGACUCUGAGUAGGAAUGUGGCUGACUUGCAGAGGGAACUGUUGGAACAAGUCUGCGAAGAUUUCGAGAUCAGCUUCACCAAGGAAGAGGUGGCACAGAAGCGGGGUUUGCUGCACGAGGCCUGCAUGGUCGUGGAUGCUCUUGGUGAUUCGGCUCGCUCAAGAUUGGUCACCUGGUACUGCAACACCCAAUUGAGACAGUACCGGCAUAUCUUCAAGGGAGAUCAGGAGGCCGGCUCUCUCGACAACAUCGACCGACGAUAUGCCUGGUUCAAGAAGUCGCUGAAAAUAUAUGACGAGGAGCAUGCCGCCAUCUUCCCCUCCCAUUGGCGAGUCAAUGAAGUUUUGGCAAAUGUCUUUGCCGAGGGAACUCGAGAUGAUUUCAAAGGGAUCCUUUCGAGAACCACUCGCAACGGGCAAACGAUCGAUGUCUCUCUUUUGGUAUCCUGCCUCCAACAAACCUUGGACUUCGAGCACAGUCUGGAAAGGAGAUUCAACCAUACUUCUAGAACUUCUAUAGACACGACGACUUCCGCCAGCGAUGUUCCCGUCUUCGGCCAACCUAUAUCGAGCGCUUUCGAGCCCUAUUUGAGCUUGUGGGUCGAGGCACAAGACAAGGAGCUCUCCAGACUGAUACCGCAAUACAAACAAAGACCGACCAGACUAGCGGACGAAGAGUUCUCUUCUCAGCAGGUCAUAGCAUCCUCGACCGAGUUGUUCAAUUUCUAUCGCCAUUCACUGGCACAAUGCGCAAAGCUAUCAUCCGGGCAGCCUUUGCUCGAGUUGUCGAAAGUGUUUGGGCGCUAUCUCGACCAGUACGCCCAACAGGUAUUACUGUUCUACAUCUCGGAGAAGCCGUCAGGCGGCACGCCGUCACGGAUCCCAACCAUCGAAGAUAUAAUCUUGGUUCUUAAUACUGCCGACUACUGUUUUAACACAUGCAAUUCUCUUGAAGAGAAGAUCAAGAGUCGCAUCGAUGAAACCUUGAAGGACAAUGUGGACCUGCAAAAUCAGGCAGAUGCGUUCAUGGGCAUCGCGAGCGCUGCGGUACGGGGCUUAGUCCGACGCGUAGAGACCGACCUCGAACCCAGUUGGAGAGAGAUGCGGAAUACGCCCUGGUCGAAGAUCGAGAGUUGUGAAAACCAAAGUUCUUACAUCACUGGCCUGGAGACCCGCAUCAGAGACAGAUCAAAUGAGAUCUUGGGGAUGCUCCACAAGCAGCAAUAUGCGCGGGCCUUUGCGGACAAUCUGGUGGAGCUGCUUGCCUCGACCUACAUUUCCAACAUUGCGCAAUGCAAACCCAUCUCUGAGGGUGGCGCAGAACAGAUGUUACUGGACACACACGAGAUAAGGACUACCUUGAGUCAUGUUCUGCCCGGCACGCCUCCGCCGCUCUUUCUUAAACGGGUGGCCGCUGCGUUCAGCAAGGUCGAGCCUCUGUUGAAGACUCUGCAAGUCAGACCAUCUCCACCGGAAGCUCUCGUGCAGGCCUAUCUGAUCCACAUUGCUGACCUGUCCGAGGUCAAUUUCCGCAAAAUCCUCGAACUUAAAGGCAUCCGCACCAAAGCAGAACAGAACCAUCUCGUGGAACUGUUCCAAAUGCACAAGUUCAGCCCAAGGUACAAGGACUCACUGGUGGAAAGGUCGCCUCUUCUCACGUCUCUGAACCUGUCAGUCUCCGCAUCUACCAGUAAUAGUGCAUCGACCCAGUCCGCAGCGCUGCACAAUCUCUCAGCACUGGGGAAUUCGGCGGCGGCGUCACUGAGCACUGCAAACUUGCCUGCAAACAUGAAGUUCGAUGCAUCUGGACUGGGUAACGCAAUCAUUGAUCGAUUCAGCAGUCCAAAUCUCGGAGGCAUGGGUACACCUAGAGAAGGGGCACUCAGUCCGCCUCCCGCUGGAGGUCUGGCCAGCAAUGUGGCGAUUGACGGCACAUCUUCCGGAGGGGAAGCGGGAGCGAAGCUGAAUGAGAACCUGAAGAACCUUGGGAAGUUCUUCAAGCGAGAUCUGGGAGGAUUUGGAGGCAUAGGUCGGUUUGGCAGCAAAGCCUCGAGCCCUGCUCCACCUGAAGAGAGAGUGAAUGGCCGAUAG